AUGUGCUCAACUUCCAUUAAUCAGUAUCAACAAAGUGAUCUUCGUUUGGUGACACAGCCAUACAUAUAUAUCAAUUAUUGCAGUUUUUGCAAUGAGGAUAUCGAGGAGUUGCGUAACCUUUUCAAAAAAAAGAAGAAAAUGGUUAAUUUGGUAAAUAUUCUUGAACCAGUGAUUACCUUGGGUCUAGUUAAUUGUUUAAUUUCAGUAUUUAAAUGA